AUGGACGCCAAGGCAGCAAACGAGGCCAUGGAGCCGGUGGACGUCGUUCAUCCCGAAGUUCGAGCACAUAUCACGAGUCUUGUGUCUGCGCUCGGCGGCUUCGACGAAGAUGGCACGUACCAGCUGGGCGACGACGCCCUCGACGUCCUGCGCGACAUCAAGAAAUGGAUCCGCUUCUACGACCAGAAACUCAACCGCAUGGACGUGGCCCGCUGCUUGGCCGAGACGAACCUGGUCGGCGGCGACCUGCUCGCCAUUCUGGCCACAUGGCACGAGAACGCCAACCUGCAGCGCUUUCGUGCCCGUGUCGCCCUCGCCUGCUACGAGAUCCUCACGCCGUUGACUUGGCCGCUCGAAAAGGACCCCGAGACCAUGACCGUCAACCACCACCGCCACCUGCCCGUGCUGCAGCUGGCCCAGCUGUCCUACAAGCGCGCCAUUGUCAACUACGACGGCGCCCAGAUCCUGCACACGGCCGUGCGUGCGGCCCUGCCGUCCAUGGCUGUCCCCCUCGGCGACCGCUCGUUGCGCGACCAGGGCGUGAUCAAGCUGGUUCUGUUCUUCCUGCGCAAUGUCGCCAUGAUCGAGCCGCCCCCCGGCGUCCAGUAUGACGGCGACGAGUCACAGAUCUCGCGGUCCACCACCAUUGACGCCUUCUCGUACCAGGACAUCUUUCUGGUGCUGCUGACGGUGGCCUCCAACAUGGGCGAGGAUUUCCGCACAGAGGACACGACCGUCAUGGAGAUCAUCUUCCACCUCGUCAAGCGCGUCGACACCGCCAAGCUGUUUAUGGACGCGACGCAGCUCAACCACACCAAGGCCUCCGAGCUGACCGACAUGAUGCAGAAGGAGACGGCCAUGCUGCACGCCUUCAACAAGAACGGCCCCACGCGCCACAGCCGCUUCGGCACCAUGGUCUGGGUCGACCGCGGCGAGGGCAAGAUGUCGACGCUGUCGGGCCAGGACGCGCUGAUGGGCUCUGCCGCCCGCGAACGCAAAAUGGACAACAGCAAGAAGUUUCGGCCGCCCCGCCGCGGCCGCAAGCGCGACGAGAAGCAGGAGCUCGUCGGCCUUGGCGCGCCCGUGUCCCUCAACGCGCGCGCUAACGCUCAGCUGCGCAAGUUUGUCGAGGAGUUUCUGGACGCCGGCUUCAACCCGUUGUUCCAGCACAUUCGCAAGUCGAUUGACCGUGAGGCCCCGCACGUCCAGCACCACCAUCGCGCCCAGUUCUUCUACCUGGUGUCCUGGUUCCUCGAGGCCGAGCGCAUGCGGCAAAAGGCGCAAAAGGCACAAAAGGCCCAGACGGCCCAGCGGAGCCAAAAGAACGCCCAUCCGGCUCAACCGCCUGCGGACGAGGUCAGCAGCUUUAACCUCGUGGCCGGCGUGCUGAACCAAGAAAUGUUCAUUUUCCUGGGGCGCGCCCUCGACCGGUCGAACAACGACAAGGACUGGCCCGAGUUGAUGGUGGUGAUGCGCUGUUUCACGCAGAUUCUUUUGACCGUGCAAGAAAUGUCAGAGUCAAAGAGCGAAGACGACGAGGAGAUUGCCGAGAACAUUUUGAGCCGUCUCUUUUACGAAGAAACGACCCACGACGCCGUCACCAACAUUGUCAAGAACUUCAAGGACCAGGGUUACGAGUACCUCGAUGCCUGUACAGAACUUGCGCACACCUACUUGCGCAUACUCGAAGCCUAUUCGAAGCAGAACGUAGACCUCCAGGUCCGCUCGCGUCGGCGAACCCGGACAAAGAAGAAGGCAGCCAAGGCGGCGGCGCGCACAGGGGCUGCCAUGGGCGAUGCUGCAGGGGACGGCGGUGACGCCGAGCACUUGGCCCCCGACGCACAGAAUGACGACGAUGACGAGUCCGCCGACGACGAAGCAGCCGCCCAAAAAACAAGCACAGAGCGCAACUUUGACUUCAAGCGCUUUUCCGCCCGCUUUGCGGUGCAGGGCGUCAUCAACACAUUUGUCAAGCUCCUCCACAACUACCAAGAUCUCAGCGACGCCCAGCUCAAGCGCGCGCACCGCUUCUUCUACCGCGUGGCUUUCAAGCAGGAGAUGAGCGUCAUGCUCUUCCGCGUGGACAUUGUUCGGCUGCUCUUCAACAUGAUCAAGGGACCCGAGCCUCUCGACCGGCAGAACGCCAUGUACCGUGACUGGGAGGAGCUCUCGAGGCAGAUUCUGCGCAAGUGCUUCAAGAAGAUGGAGGAGCGGCCCGUGUUGAUCAUUGAGAUGCUGUUCUCGAAGACGGCUGGCACGGCACACUUCCUCGAGUACGGUUACGAGAAACAGACCGUGUCGUCGUCCGCGCCGAAGCCUGGCGGGCUGCUCGAGUUCCGUGAGGACCUGGACAAGGACCGCCAGAUUGCGAUCUUGGUGGGCGUUCUCUUGGACAAAAACCACCACGAUCUGCUCACCUGGAUCAAGGACCAGGUUGGCAUGGCCGCAGCCGAGCGGCGGGCAUGGAAGGCGACUGAGACUGCCGCGACUGCUGCCGCUGCGGCGGAGACAGCCUCAGCAGCAGACGGUGACGAGUCCACCCCGCUCGACACACCCACUACGGCCUCCGUUGUCAGGCGUGACGCCCCCACCAUUACCAUUCGACCCAGCGACGACGCUUGCAAGAAGGCCAUGUUCAAGAACUCGCAUCUGCGUCUUCUGAUGCAGCUGGUGGGCAUGGAACGCCUGGCGCCCUCGAUCGACGAGACGCCUGAGUCGACGUGGAUCUUCGCGUCGCACAUCACCGCCGACGAGCUUGAGGAGUCGCUCGAGUUUAUCAACCGGGCCGAGUUUGACCCGCCGACCUUUGACAACAACCAGUCGGCCGAGGACCAGCUGAAGCGCAAGACGGCGCCCCGCAAGAAGGCGGUGUACGACGACGACGGCGAAGACGAGGACGGCAGGAUUGACGACGAGAUGCUGUUCCCGGCCGGCGGUCCGACGGCCCGAAACGUCGUCGAAGACGGCCUGGACGGCAAAAGGAGAACCAUCCGGCGGCGCCGCAAGAAGACGGACGAGGACGGCAACGAGCUCGAGGGCCUGACAGAAGAAGAACGCGAUGCGAGGGCGCGGCUGCGGCGGGCCAAAGAGCUCGAAAAGGCGCGGCGCAUCAAGAGCGACGUGUAUGUGCACGCGAGCGACGAUGAGACGGACGACGAGAAGGACCGCGAGUUCUUUGCGCGCGAGGAGGCGACCAGGAAGCGGAUCCACAGUGCUGUGCAGCAGAGUCUGCUGUCGAGCAAGGGCGACGACAGCGAUGCCUUGGCCACCACACCGAGCAAGCCGACCAAAGCCAAGCGCACAUCGACCGUGUUGUCCGAGGACGAUGAGGACGAGGACGACGAUGACCUCAAUGACAGCAGCGACCUUGGCCUUACCUCCUCACAAGACCUGCCAGCAUCAGGCCGGCGAAGCCGUAAGCGGAGAAAGUCGAGCGAAGCGGCGUCGGGCACGGACGACGCUGACGGCGAUGCCGAUGAGGUCGUCGUCAAGAAGAAGGCGCCGCCGAGGAGACGACUGCAUGCCGGCUUCGUUGACAGCAGUGACGAGGAGGAUGAGGAUGACAACAAGAAGCAGACGACUGUCGAGAAUCCAAUUCCAGUGGCCAGUCAAAGUGGUGACGCCAUGGACGUGGACCGAUCAUCACCUGCCGUCCUGUCUGAAAAGACGGGCGGACAGAUCCAGCUCAAUGGCAACACCAACGCCGAUGGGACGAACAACGUGGACGAUGAUGCUGACGACGAUGUUCCGGUCGCCAGCAAGAAACGGACGGCACGGGCCAAGUCGGGCUUCCUUGCAGACAGUGAUGACGAGUAG